AUCCAGCUGUGGGACACGGCCGGGCAGGAGCGCUUCAGGAAGAGCAUGGUGCAGCACUACUACCGCAACGUGCACGCCGUGGUGUUCGUGUACGACGUGACGAACGCCGCCAGCUUCCAGAGCCUGCCCGCCUGGAUCGAAGAGUGCCGGCAGCACCUGCUGGCCGCCGACAUCCCGCGCCUCCUGGUGGGCAACAAGUGCGACCUGCGCGGCGCCGUCCAGGUGCCCACGGACCUGGCCCAGAAGUUUGCUGACAGCCACAGCAUGCCCUUGUUCGAAACCUCGGCCAAAAGCCCCAAUGACAAUGACCACGUGGAGGCCAUAUUUAUGACACUGGCUCACAAGCUGAAAAGCCACAAGCCCUUAAUGCUCAGUCAGCCCCCGAAUCAGGAUGAGAUACACCUAAAGCGUGAACCAAAACCUGCCGUCACCUGCUGGUGCUGA